AGACCUAAAAAGUUUGUUGUGGAUCGGCCAAAUUGUGUGUCUCAGAUUCAUGGGAGGAAUCAUGGGCGGUAGAUCUGGAGUCAUAGUCCUCUUCCUCCUCUUUGGGUUGUCUUCUGCUUCUAGAAACCCCAUCAUCCUUGUCGACUCUGCUCAUGAUGAUGAGAACCAAGUUUGUGAACUGUGUGACAAAUAUGUUACCCUUGCCAUUGACUACCUUCAAGAUUACGACAAUCAGAAUGCUCUCGUUGAGGCUCUUCAUCUCACCUGCUCUCAGAUUCCUCCUCUCAAAAAACAGUGUCUCUCAACGGUGGAUCAUUAUACCCAGCUUUUCUUCACACAAGUCUCUGUACUCAAAUCAGACCAGAUCUGCAAAAAGCUUAACCUCUGCCAAGCUCUUGUUGUUGCUUCACAAGUCCAUCAAGGUAACUGCGAGGCUUGCCGCCAGACUGUCUCUGGGGUUGUCUCCAAACUCAAGGAUCCUGAGACUAAGCUGAAGAUUAUCCGCUUACUUCUCAAGGAGUGCAAGUCGCUAAACAAUUACCAGGACAAGUGCAAGAAGAUGGUGUUUGAAUACGGGCCUCUGAUGCUUGUGGAUUUGGAGAAGUUUCUGGAAAAGAAAGACGUCUGCUCUAUACUCCGCGUCUGUCCAAGUCCAGCCACCCAAGGGAACUACAUUCCUGCGCUGGAGGUGGAGCCAUUAGCAGAUUCGUAAAAUUUGACACCCUUGUUUUCCUUGUGAAUUGAUUCACACACAUACCAUGCCAGCAUCGCCAAAACUGAUUUGGUAACUGAU